UUGAGGCAGCCCCAACGGGGUCCUCAAGGGGCCUUCCUCCCUUUGAACGGCGGUGGCGGGCGGGUGCGCUGUCUCCAGCACUUCUUAGAGUGGGGGCCACCAUCUCCAUGGCCACGGUUGUGACUGGGCCGUGCGCCGGCAGGUCGCGGGACAUCCUGUGGCGUGUUUUGGGCUGGAGGAUAGUUUCAAGUAUUGUUUGGUCAGUGCUGCUUCUGCCCAUCUGUACCACAGUAUUUAUAAUCUUCAGCAGCAUUGAUUUAUUUCAUCCUAUACAGUGGCUGACAGAUUCUUUCAAUGAUCUUUAUAGUUCCUACGUAAUCUUUUACCUCCUGCUGCUGUCAGUGGUAAUAAUAAUAAUAAGUAUUUUCAAUGUGGAGUUCUAUGCAGUUGUGCCUUCCAUUCCCUGCUCCAGACUGGCACUGAUUGGGAAGAUCAUUCAUCCUCAGCAACUCAUGCACUCAUUUAUUCAUGCUGCAAUGGGAAUGGUGAUGGCUUGGUGUGCUGCAGUGAUGACCAAGGGCCAAUACAGUUUUCUUGUGGUUCCCUGCGCUGGUACUGAGAGCUUAGAUAGCCCUGCCACACAAACCUGCUUAAAUGAACAUCAUCUUUUUUUCCUACUGGCUGGAGCAUUUAUGGGCUAUAGUUAUAGCCUCUUGUAUUUUGUUAACAACAUGAACUAUCUUCCAUUUCCCAUAAUACAGCAAUACAAGUUCUUGCGCUUUAGAAGAUCUCUACUAUUACUAGUUAAACAUAGUUGUGUGGAAUCACUGUUCCUGAUUAGAAAUUUCUGCAUUGUGUAUUAUUUUCUUGGCCAUAUUCCCAAAGCUUGGAUUAGCACUGCUAUGGAUCUUCACAUAGAUGAGCAAUUUCAGAGGCCUCUUGAUACUGUGAGUGGCCUUUUGAGUCUCUCAUUACUCUACCAUGUCUGGCUAUGUGGUGUCUUUCUACUGAUGAGUUGGUACAUCUCAUGGAUACUCUUCAAAAUCUAUGCCACAGAGGCUCAUGUGUUCCCUGUUCAACCACCAUUUGCAGAAGAAUCAGAUGAAUGCCUCCCAAAAGUUUUAAACAGCAAUCCUCCUCUCAUCAUAAAGUACUUAGCCUUGCAAGACCUGAUGUUGCUUUCUCAAUAUUCUCCUUCACGAAGACAAGAAGUUUUUAGCCUUAGCCAACCAGGUGGACAUCCUCACAAUUGGACAGCCAUUUCUAGGGAGUGUUUGAAUCUUUUAAAUGAUAUGACUCAGAAACUGGUUCUCUACCAAGAAGCUGCUGCUACAAAUGGGAGAGUGUCUUCAUCAUACCCAGUGGAACCUAGGAAAUUGAAUUCUCCAGAAGAAACUACUUUUCAGACACCAAAAUCUAGCCAGAUGCCUCGGCCUUCAGUGCCACCAUUAGUUAAAACAUCACUGCUUUCUUCAAAAUUCUCUACACCUGAUGUUGCAAGUCCCCCUGGUACUCCAUUUGGCUCUAGUCUAGUGAAUCGGAUGGCUGGAAUUUUUGAUGUAAAUCCCUGCUAUGGCUCACUGCAAAGUCCUCAGCUAGUAAGAAGAGGGCCAAGAUUAUGGACUUUUGCUUGUGAUCAGCAAAUGACUGAGUUUUCUAAUCCUUCUCCAUCUACCUCUAUUAGUGUUGAUGGUAAGACAGUGAGACAGCCCAGUGUGAUUUAUUCAUGGAUUCAGAAUAAACGUGAACAGAUUAAGAAUUUUUUGUCAAAACGGGUGCUGAUCAUGUAUUUUUUCAGUAAGCACCCAGAGGCCUCCAUUCAGGCUAUUUUUUCAGAUGCCCAAAUGCAUAUUUGGGCACUAGAAGGUCUGUCUCACUUAGUAGCAGCAUCCUUUACAGAAGAUAGAUUUGGAGUUGUCCAGACUACAUUACCAGCUAUCCUUAAUACUUUGUUGACACUGCAAGAGGCAGUUGACAAGUACUUCAAGCUUCCUCAUGCUUCCAGUAAACCACCUCGGAUUUCAGGAAGCCUUGUAGACACUUCUUAUAAAACAUUAAGAUUUGCAUUUAGAGCAUCACUGAAAACUGCCAUCUAUCGAAUAACUACUACAUUUGGUGAACAUCUGAACGCUGUGCAAGCAUCUGCAGAACAUCAGAAAAGACUUCAACAGUUCUUGGAGUUCAAAGAAUAGUUAAGUAAUAUAAACUGUGUUCAUUACACUGCUGAUACAACUACAGAUGGGACAGUAAAUGUUCAGCAUUCUUGGAUCAGAAGAAAAUGGACUAAUUAGAUGCUUCCUUUGUCGUAGUGGUUGCUUUGAAAACUAUACUUUAAUGGGAGAAAUCAUGGAAAGAAAUUCUCAACAGAAUAACCAAAAACUGCCUUUUCUAUACUGAUUGCUUUUUGUGUGUGUGGUAUAACAGAAUCUUUAUUCAAUUUUACAGAAGCAUGUAUGGCAGUAGAAAUGUCUCCAGCUCAUAUAACUUAAUAAUAAUAACUCAAAAAUUUUUAGAAUUUACUUUUGAGAAGAGUGGAGCCAGUUCAGAAGUUAAAAUAGUUUGGCUUGAUACAGUCUGCUAAUCAUUCUAAGAGUUUACUUUCUGUAAAUUCGAAAUGCAUAAACUUUUUUAGAGUAGUUUUUGUUUACUGAGGGAUAAAAAUGGUAACAGUGGAGAAAAAUUCACAGAAAAAAUAUUGUCUAAAAGACAUAUUUUGUUAAUCUGCUAGGUUGUGUUUUUGUUUCCAGGGACAAAUUAAAUUUGCAUGAUUGUCCAAAAAAAAAGUCUCAAUUUACAGAUGCUAACUCUAUAAAGGAAUGUGGAAAAGUUCAGUUCUUAAGUUGCAAGAUUAAACAUUCACCUUUGGUUUUUGAAAAACAAUUAACUGACAUCUAUGAAUUUAUUAUUUAUCAUGCCAGUAAACAGUAAGUAUAUGGGUGUUUUCCCAACUAGUUUUGCUUUCUUUUUCUGGAAUAAAACAUUAAGUGAUUGCAGAGUUUUUCAAGUGAGAGAAAAAGUUUUGCAAGAAAAAACAGGAAACUUUCCCUUUUUUCCCCACCAUUCAUCUUCAUUAGAUCAAAUUAUUUUGUGAAGCUUGUGUGGCCUCACAGAGAGAGCAGACUCUGUUGUGUUAACUGGCUAAUUAAAAUAUAUUAAGAAAAUCUUUAUAGCCCAAAACAACUAAGUCAUCAAAUAGCAAGCGAAACCAGAACGUCAGAGGAAUUACUGUACUUGGGAGUGUGUGGUAUGUCCCAAAUGUGAGCGAGGUAUUUUAUAAUUUAUUAGAACAACUUCUUUGGAGAUGAAAGAUUGGAAAUCCUAAUGAUAAAUAUUCAUUGGACUAGCUUUGGACUGAAAUGCUCCAUUGUAGCUCUUUUUCUAUUAUCUUUUCCCUUAGUGUCCCCCAAUUUUUUCUUUAAAGGCAGCACAGUAUUGUAUAUGAAUCUUUAAUGUGGUAUAUAUGUCUACCAUUUGUCCAAUUCACUGAUGUAUUAUUAUAUCUUUACAAUAGACUAUUUUAGCUCCAGGCCCUAUUGCCCUUUCAACCAGCACAUGCCAAAUUAUAAAUGAAUCCUGCUGGUCUUUAAAGUGUCUUUAUGGGACUGUUCUUCAGUAGUCAUGUGUUUGUGUAUUUAGGCUAUUGCCAUUUGCCCCUGCAGUUGAGUUGACCUCUUUUUUUGAAUGUGAAAGUUGAAUUUUGAAUGUGGUAGGUUUUUUUUUUAACAAAUGACCAGAAAAUUGUGGCUAGGUUGAAUGAGAACUGUUGGGUUCCAUGUAUUGAAGCUGUUAAGACUUUUAUAUUCCAUUUUCUGUGCUGCCCCUGGCUGAGGCAUUUUGGGAGACAAGGACUUUUAAUCUUUUGCUUCCAUUAAAGAAGAAUUGUGGUAUUUAACCCAUUUAAUUCCUGAGACUGAAGAUGGGAUGGUUCCUUUAGACUUUGACUUACUUGUAUAAAAUGUCUGGUUACAUUUAGGUUCUUGCCAUUUCCCCUAGACUUUGGGCAAAGGUACACGAAGGUACUUUGAACUGUUCAUGGAAAGAUUCAUGUUAUCUCUUAAUUCUAUUUUUCUGUGAACCGUUUGAAGUACCCUCCUACUUGAUGAGAAAUGUGAAUGUUUCUGAGAUGGUCAUCCCCAUUUUCUCUCAAAAGAAUGUGCUGUGUAUGAAAUACAGGCCACAUAAUGUCUGCCUAUUGGAGAUUUAGAAACUGCCUCCCGAGACAUGCUUUGUAUUUAGUUGAUAAGGGGGUCAGUUCCUUUUCUCCACUGUGUGCUGAUAAUCUACACACCAUCUGUUGGGGACAGGGUGAUAUUAAAGGGAGUACCAUCUCCUGUGUACAAGGAGGAGGACCUUAGGGAGGCCAGGAGGAGAGAAGCAUUUCCUUUGAUGAAGUCACAUCCUGCCUGUGAGCCCACUGAUGCUGUAACAUUGGCCUGAAGAUUAGAUAGAGUUCUUUAAAAGCCUUUCUCUGGUUAUCAGUACAAACCUUGAUCAUAUCAGCUCUUGUAAUGUUUGCUUGACCCCUAUAAAAGGUAUAAAUCCACAAGUUUUUUCCUAGAGAACUGGGAAACUGUCCUAGAAUAAACCUUGUACAGUGGGGUAGAUAUGGAUAAGCAACUCCUGUUACUUUGCUGUAUUUGUUCCUUGGUAAUUGUUUUGUGUGUCUUCCUGUAAAUAUUAAUGACAAUCUGUUUAUAUCCUUUUGUAUAUUAUCGAUACUGAAUUGGGUAGAAAAUAAAUUGACAGUUUUAAAAAAUGGGACUAUUAAUUGAAA